UUUUUUAAUCUCCAUUUAACAUAUAGAACGAGAGUUUUGUUAAGAAUAGGUUAUUGCUGAUAACACCUCUAAAUUUAUCCAAAUUUAAAAAAAUCUGAUACAUAGUAGAUGAUCUUAGGCAAGGUUGGGUUCUUCUCUUUAGUGGUGUGCUUUUAUUGUUUUCUCUGAUUUCACCGUUCACCUCCACUUCUCCGCCGCCGUUUACACUUUCCUUGGUGCUCCUCUCUCAGAGUAGUAAAUGCAGGGAACUGCUGGUUUUGUAGAAGCCGAUGCAUAAUUUCAUACUAUGUUUCUGGCUGUUAUCUGCCUCGGUAAAUGGGUUUGUGGACAUUACUUGAGGGGUUCCUUCUUCUUGCAAAUGCACUAGCAAUACUGAAUGAGGACCGAUUUCUUGCACCUAGAGGAUGGGGCUUAUCAGAUUUUUCAGCUGGCCAGACAAAGUCUUUCAAAGGCCAGGUUUUAGGUCUCAUUUAUGCAACACAGUACCUAAGAUUUCCUCUUAUACUUCUGAACUCUAUCUGCAUUAUCGUGAAGUUAGUUUCUGGAUGACGCCAGCAAGGUUCAAGAGUGAUCAUCAGAUUAUUUCAAAAUGUUCUUAGAUAGGAAAAUUGGACAGUGAUUAUCUACCCAAAAAGGGUCAAAUUCUAGUGUAGAAAUAUACAUUAAAAGUGACCUUUUUAGGAUAUUUGUUGUCGUCAAAUCAAGUUUGCCAUAGUGACAUAGCGAAUCAGAAAAUGAGUUCAUCGUGGUUUUGAUAUUAAUUGGGCGGGUGUUGUAUUCAUUUUUUAAGAGUUGGUGACCCUCUUCAAAUUUUCCUUGUGUAAAUUCAGAUUGAUUUUAA